AGUUGUUUGAAAAAGUUGAUCAACAGUAAGAUAUUUUGGUGGUUCUCGAUGAUGUUCUAGACGUUGAUCAUCAUUACUAUUAUCCAUAUACCAAACUUUAACCAUUAUUGAAGCUGGUGCAAGCUGGUGCAAGCACAAAAUAUUUGUAGAAAUAAAAAAUAGAAGGAAAAAAAACCAACAACAACUUGUAUCUGUACCGAUUAAUUUAUCAACAACAACAACAUAAUCAUGAAUGACUUGGAUGAUUUUUAUCGUAAAAUUCAAAUCUACUUGAUGAAAAAAGAUUCUGAAUGUGGAAAAUUACGAUAUUUGUCAUCAAGAACAACAAAUGAUAAUUGUGAUAAUAUUGAUGAUGUUUGUGACACAAUAACAAGUAUAUUUGAAUCAUGUAAAAUUCCUAAAAAUGAUGAUACAUCAAUAAUUGAUAAUAGCUGUAUUCAAGCAUUUAAAUAUUUAAUAUUAAAUACAAAUUUUCAAUGUCAAGAUCAUCUCAUGGAAGAUUUUGUAAAUGGUCAUUUGGUUGAUAUGUGUCCACCAAUAUCAUGCUACUUAUUAAUGGAAAUAAUAUAUGCACUUGGCUAUGACAUGAUACUUGCUGAAUCAAUACUUUAUUAUCCUUUUGAUUUAACAAAUGAACUAUUCGAAAUAAUACAUAGAUGCAUUGGUCUAUUAGAUUUUAAUCGUGCAUUUAAAUUUUUAAUAAAAAUCAUUAAUAACUCAGUUAAAAAAAUAAUUCACAUGAUAAAUCAUGGUAUACAAACAACAAACAUGGAUUAUAAUUAUGAUACAUUUAUUUUGAAUAUUAAAAAGCUAAUUGAGUUGUUGAAUAAUGAUAAAUUUACAAAAAUUGAGGAACUUAUUGAAGAGCCAAAAAGUGAACGUUAUGGUAUUAUUUUAAAAAAUAUACUUGAGCUAAUAAUUGAUGGUUUUGUUGAUAAAAAUAACACAACAAUUAUCAAUAAUAUUGAAAAUAUAUAUCGAGUAUCAUUUGGAAGAGAAAUAAAGUUUCAUAAAUUAGAUGAAAAUAAAGCAAUGAUUAGUUUUGAUAACAUACAAAAUCAAUUAUUUUAUGGUUUAUUUAAAUGUUUUAAAAAUAUUGAUUUUAAUAUUUAUCUUGAUUGGGCAGAUUUGGAGUAUAAUGGUAGUUCUGAUGUAUCAUAUCAACAAGCAAUUGGCUAUGAUUGCCAUGAGUUGAUAGAUUUAAUUGACAAAAAUAAUAUAACUGAACAGAAUCAUUUGUUACAGUGUCUUCAACAAUUUUCAAUGAAAAAAAAUACAACAAAUUUAUACAAUGGCAUGAGUAUCAAAGAAUUAUGUGAUGGUAUUGAUGAUGGAAAUAAAAGCUGUAUGAAAGAACUAUUAAAACGUAAUGAUGAAUGGAAUCAUGAUGUAUUUUUUAUGAUUAAAAAAAAUUAUUUACUUAUUGAUAAAGAUGAUUUUGUUGUAUUGCUGGAUUACAUGACUAGAUUGAUGAUUAAACCUGGUCAAGAAGAAUACAAACAACUCGUUUUUAAUACUAUUAAAAAAUCAGUAUUAACACAGUCAUUGACAGACAUGUAUGACAUAACAUUAAACUACAUAUUACAACACAAUGGAAAUAACAUACUAGAAUCAAAUGAAACUGAAGAAUCAUUUAAAAAAUUCAUUCAACAUAAUGUUAAUAUUAAAUCAUCAAAUAAUCUACGUAUUAUAUUAUUUUACAUGAUUAAAAAUCCAAAUAAAAUAUUAAAUGAAUUGUUGAAUAUAUGUUUUGGAAUUAACGAGUACAACAUUAUGAUAUCACCAAAUGAUUUAUCAUUACUAUCACCAAUUAUGAAAAUACGUGAUAAUAAAAAUGGCAGUAGUAUUAUAUUGACUGUACUAAAAAAUAUGAAUCAUCAUAAUCAACAAUGGGAAUCUAAAAAAUACAUGUUAUUUAUCAAAACAAUGAUUGAUAAAAAUAUAUUUACAAUUGAUGAGUUGAUAAAUCAUGUUUAUAUUCAUUGGCUUGAUAAUAAUCAUGUGCUAAGUAUAUCAUGCUUGAAAAUAAUACUAAAUAACAUUCGACAAAUUGUAAAUUUAUGUACAAUUAAUGUAAAAUUUGAAGAAUUAAUUAAAGUAUUUGCUAAAAUAUUAGGGUAUUAUCGUAAUCAUGUUGAUAAUAAAUUAAAAAAAUCAAUGUCAAAUGAGAUUGUAACAAUGAUCAUAAGAAUAAUUGAGUUAUUGUUAAAUGAACGUGAUGAUUUUUUAACAAGCCAUGAAAUUCGUGAGACAAUAAUGUACAUUGAACCGUCAUUAAAACCAAUUGAUAAAUAUUAUUUUAUGAAAAAUUGGAUAACGUAUUUUGAUGUAACAGAAAUUGUACAAGAUUAUCAUAGAAAAAUUCAGAGUGUAUUGAUUGAAAUAUCAGCUGUUGAUGAUGUUGAUUCGUUGAAUAUUGAUGAUGACAUAUUGAUGCAUGUUAUGAUCAAUUGUACUGAGUUGGAGUACAUUAGAAUUGGCUGGGAAUAUUUAAUAAUUCAUUGGGAUUAUUUUAAAUUUAAUGAUGAACAUGAAGCGUAUGAUAAAUAUAUCAAUGCAACUAUUAAAUGUUGUUUGUAUUAUUUACAAUUUCAUGGUGAUAAUAAUUCAUUUUGUUUUAUGAUUAAAUGUCUAGCUCGUUUUGCCAAGGGGAUCCAUCAAAUUGAUACUAAUCUUCAUGAUGAUAUAUUGAUAGAUAUUAUUAUUGAUAAUUUUAAGCUACUUAAUCGGUGUAUUGUUGAUGAUAGCUAUGAAAAAAUAUAUAAUGAAACAAUGAGUGUCAUUGAUAAUUGUCUAGUUGAAUCUGUUGAUGAUAGAUAUUUAAAAAUCAUUAAAUCUAUUGAUGAAUUUGGUGAUCGUUGUGCUGAAAUAAUACUUGAAAAUAAACAACAAUGUAAUGAUUAUUAUAAACAAUAUAAUAAUACACAAAAAUUUAUUUCUCAUUGUAUUGAUAAUCCACAAUCAUCAGUAGCUCUUCGACUUUAUCAUCAUUUACUUUGUCAAAAAAUAUAAUUAAUAUUUUUUUUAUUCUAUUUAAUAAAUUAUGUGUUUUGUAAAAUUUAAAUUGUUUUUUUUAUUGUUAGUUAUUAAUUUUAUCAAUGACACAUUUCCUGUCGUGAUAAAACAUUUUUUUUUAUUUUUAUUCUUAUCAAUUAUGACGUGAUUUUAUCAAUUCUAGUUGACGAAAUAAAUAUACACCAACAUUAAGUCUAUUUUGAUGAUUUUAAAAUUAGAUUUUUAUUUUUUUUAUUUAGGUAAUCAUUAAAGUUAAAUUAGAUAUUUAUAUUUUUAACUAAAAAAUCAAACUGAUAAAGUAAAAAUAAAAUAAAAAUUGUCAUUAUACUUACUUGAAUAAUAUUUUUAGAAAAAAAAAAAA